AUGGAUCCUAGAUUUCCAGUCUCUCGCGAAGAUCUGUACAGUCUGCAGAUGGAAGUGAAGCAAGUGCAAUAUACUCAGAGCAAUCAUGCUGAACGGCUUCUUCGAUUGGAAAAGAAACAGGCGGAUGAUGCCGCAUUGAAGUCUGUCUGGAACUCUCCCUUUCCAGGUGUCUUGAGUGGCACACCUCAAACAGGACCUGUUUCCAUUCCACACAAUGACAUGUUUGAUGACUUGGAUGAGCAAGGUGAGGAGCUUCUAGGAUCUCUUCAUCUUGGACCAGCAGAGGAAGAGCCGGUUCGCCGAGGCGCUGCUUCGCGGGCUAAUAGUGUUCGAUUCGACGAAAGCGCCCUGCACGGAUCCAGUUGGGGAGGCCCAAGCAAUCGUCACUCUGGAGACUUUGGCCCUGUUCGUCCCGGAAGUGGCCUUAUGAUGGAGCGCUCAUUAUCUCACAAGUCGGAUGGACGACACAGUUCUGCUGGACAUUCAGUCCACUCUCACCACUCCAUUGCUUCUGGCCGGGCUAGCAGCUUAGGCCUUGAUAAUAACUUUGCUGUUGGCGACGACGACGAUUCGUUCGACAUUCCUGGCCCCCCUGCGGCGUUUUAUGUCCUCGGGACAGUCCCUUCGAUCGUUCGAUGUUGGUUAACCACCAACUUUGGACACUCAACACUCCUCUACGCCGACGUUUGCAGUGGCUCGCAAAAGUCCACGGUUGAGUAUUCUCUCCUCAGAGAGUUGGAUCUUGUCGAUCAGAUCCAUCGCGAGGUUGACGGUGCAUAUCGCGUUAGGUUGAAUGUCUACUUUGCAGAGGCUGUGGUGACGCAUCAUGGCAGUCGUUCUAGUAGCCCUCAUGGGCCUGUCCCUUCAAUCACGGUCUUUUUCGAGGUCCUUGGAGUGACAGAGCAGCCUAUUCAGGCCGUAGAUCGCAAAGCCAUUCGAAUUUACUUGGGCAGCGAUGCUCUCAGAGCCCAUUCCGCAGAUAUUCUAUUUUCCCAGAAUACUAUGACCCUUCGUGGCGACGAGCGAGAGCGACUUCAGGUCCCCUUUGUCCGACCAGAGGAUGAAAACGUGUUUCGGAAUAUUUGCACUACCAACAUGGUCCCAGAGAAGCCCAAGUUGAAUGCAAAUGCUGCUCCUUUCAUCUCUGGGGAUUUCAGCCAGGCUAGCCAGGAGAGUAAUCCUGACACGGAGGCCCCUCAGCAGGAUUAUGAGUCUCGAAGCGAAAUGUCGCCAAUGGCAAUUGACGCGGUUCUCCAUAAGCGACCCAGUUCCAGAGGCAGUGUGUCCGGUGCGGAGAGUGAGAGAAGGUCUCGUGGACUCACCAACGGAGACCAACUAGGUCCUAAGGAGCGUGCUGCUGAGCAUUCUGCCCCCGAGGGCUCCAGGCGAGAACCCCUUUCAGGGAUUUGGGGAUCAUGGCGCCAUGGAUCAGGGAAUGGAGUGGACGGCCCGCACAGAGAUGGUUCAUUGAGUGGAUAUCAACCUGCCGGCCGAGGCCGCAACAUGAAAGUUCUGAAGCCCCAGAAGUCGGCCACGAGGACAGUUUCUUCUUAUGAUGCCUCUUCGUCCAAAGGCCAGGGAGAUGGUCGGCGCAAGAGUCAAGUCGGCAUUGGGGAGAACGGUGGCACUCCUGCUAAUCGAUGGGAGGCUAAGCGUGCGGUGAGUAUGAGCAGCGAACACAAAGCGCAAUCGCAGACACAGUCGCUUCCACCUCCAAGUCGUGAUGGUCGCAGCGCCAACGCCAAUAGCAACAAUUCCCUGCCUAGGUCUGCCAACCCUGUCGGAGUUGCUUCAGCGUUCUCAUGGAUGACACCAACAUCCAAAGCCAAAACAACCGCGGGCUCAGAGUAA